CAUAGAAAGUACACCAUCACCAACCGUUCUGCGUAUUUUAUAAACAACCUUCCGUGCAAUCCGCAUAAGCACUUAAUCAGAGAAAUUGUGACUAACUUUAUGCGGCCAGAACAAUAUAAAUUUUUAAUGAACUUUUCACAGAUUAGAAUUUCUAUCGAAUAUGGAGACGGAGCUAACUAUGUUUUGAAAUAUAUCAAAGAUAUUGAUAUACUGUUAGCUACUAAGUUCAGUCUUGAUAGAAAUAACUACAAUUUUUUCCUGGAUGCUAUUAUUGAAAAUAAUUAUUCGAUUAAAGAAUUAGUCAUUUCUGACAACAUCUUUGCAAAUUUUUCAUUGGAUAUAAUCCCAAAGUUAAAGGGAUUAGAAAUAUUGAUUAUAUCUUCAUUUACCCAGGAAGUACUCGAUAGCCUCCAUGAAUUUGGUGUUUCCAAAUUACAACUCAAAAAAUUGGUUUUGAAAAACUGUAAAAUCCCCGAUGAAUCAACAUGUGAGUAUUUGUUCUAUAUUGGUGUAAAUGAACUAUUCGAUCUUGAAUGUAUCCAAACAUUCGGUUAUAGUUCGAGAUGUGAUUCGCUAUUUCCGUCAUUAACGAUGAUAGUGAAGAAGUUACGUAAUCUCAAACACCUAGAUCUCUAUUAUCACAAGAACUAUUAUGCUGCUCUAGUUCCUCCUCAGAAUAGUUUGACGUCCUUGUGUUUAAAUGAUUAUUCAAACGGUUCAAAUUCGAUUCUUGUUAGGAAUGAGAUUAUUGCAAUUCUUUAUAACCAAGAAAGAUCAUUAACCAGGAUAUGUUUGCUGAAUGAUAACUAUAGAAAUUUUAAGCGUGAUGCCGAGAUAGAUCGGGUAUACCGACAAUUUAGAAGGGAGGAUAAUGAUCCUCGAGUUU